UAUAUAUCAGAUUUCAAUUGUAGAUCUUUUUGAUUUUUCUACCGGAAGCAAGCAUAUUUACAAGUUGAUCUACUAAUAUUAUAUUUUCGCUGUAAUUUCGUUAAGUUUUGAUGUCGGAAAGGGCUGACAAAAUGAAGGUGCCGCAGCCUGCAAUUGGAGAACAACCAACUCCCCCUACAGACAAAUCUCCGAUAGAGAAACCAAACUCCACAACGCUGUUAAUGGAAGGGGAUCCAGUGGAGCCGAAUCGCUGUUGUUGGAUCUGCUUGGCCACGGAUGAGGAAGAACGUCUGCCUUGGGUAAAUCCGUGUUCAUGUCCAGGAACCACCAAGUGGGUGCAUCAGAGUUGUCUUCUCCACUGGAUCGACGAGAAGAAGCACGAGGGGACCGGAGAACAAGACGUUUCCUGUCCACAGUGCCAGACGAAGUACGUCGUAUACCCGAAUUUGAAAAAGUUCCCAGCUGUGUUGGAAAUGAUCGACCAUUUCAUCUCCUGCUUCCUGAGUCCUUGCCUGGCGGCGAUCUUAAUGGCUGUCUCUGUCUAUUGGACAGCCAUUACAUACGGAGCGUUGACAUUUUUGCAGAUUGCUGGCCGGGACCGCGGCAUGUCUAUAUUUCAGUCGGGCGAUCCUUCAAUUAUCAUAAUCCUGGUCGCACUUCCAUUAAUCCCACUUGGACUGGUACUUCUUCGCUUGAUUCCUUGGGAGGAUGCCCUGUUGCGCUUGUUUCGAAACUGUGCAUCGGUGGUGCGAAAACUUCCCUUUAUGAAGCACAGCCGCGAAUUUGAGUACCAGAACGAUUCAAUUUUUCUACCUCUGCCGGAACCCAUUUCGAAAGAACGCGUAUUCUGCGGAGCCGUCCUUCUGCCCACCAUAUCAUACCUUGUUGGAAAUCUUAUCUUUCGUUCUGUGGACAACGCGGUGAAACGUACACUGCUUGGAUGUCUUACAUUUGUUACGGUUAAAGGAAUCUUAAAAAUGUAUCUGAAGCACGAGCAAUAUGUACGCUGCACCAAGCGUCACGUUCUAAAUUACACAGAGAACGCAGCAGGACAGGAUCAACAAGAGGGUUAAGGAAGAUCGGUUUUUGCCUCCCUCCAACCCUCGAUAAUAUCAAGUUCUAGAAAAGAUUACACAAGUAAUUAAGCUAAAUCAAUUGUAAGGUAUAUAAUUACCAACGAUCAAAAGUAUAACUAGUCCUGGCUCUUAAAUUUACACUAGAUACAACAAUUUAGAAUUGACUGAUUACUAUCUU